AUGGCGGCGCCGCAGCCCAGCCAGGCCGCCCAAAGCCCCGCGGCGCCGCCCGAGCAGCAGGAAGGAGCCGGCGACUGUGCGGACCCGGAACCCGACUCCGGGAGCUCCCCAGCCCGGGACCUCCCCGGCGCGCCCGCAGCUUUGAACGCAGCGCCGCAGGCUGACGCCGCCCCGCGGCCCGGAGCCUCUCGGCUGGGCCCCGAGACCUUUCGCCAGCGCUUCCGGCAGUUUCGCUAUCAGGACGCAGCCGGUCCCCGGGAAGCCUUCCGGCAGCUGCGGGAGCUGUCCCGCCAGUGGCUGCGGCCCGACAUCCGCACCAAGGAGCAGAUCGUGGAGAUGCUGGUGCAGGAGCAACUGCAGGCCAUUCUACCCGAGGCGGCCCGGGCUCGGCGGCUGAGGCGCCGCGCGGACGUGCGCAUCACCGGCUGAGCGGCGGAGCCUGGGGCUCCCUGGACUAAUACCCUACCCCGAGUUAAUAAAAGUUGGAUUUUGACA